GUAGCAUCGAUAUAAAGCGAUUGAAGACCGUUCGAGAGUCAGAUAAGCAGAUAGUGCGACCGACGAGGAAGCCAUAGUAUGAGGGCGCAAGGCAGCUGAAAGUGCUGAACACACCCGAAUGGAGACUGGCGAGCUAUCGGGCUCGCCGGAGUGCCGGGCCGUAAACUAUCCUGAUACGCGUCUCGUCGAAGCCCGUUGUCUCACCAUGACCAGUCACUUUUUUGCUUUCCCCUCAUGCCGGACAAUAGAGCAGGAUGCGUAUUGACACUCUGAUGAGCGCGGCUAGCUUGGGCGCGGCUAGCUUGAUCACUGGACCGACACCGGCAAAUGAAGUGGCUUCAUAUUGCUUUGCAAUUCGUCCUUAUCGUGUAACCUGCACGGGAAGUAUACGCAUUGGCUCUCAAUCCUACCCGGUUUCUAUCGCCUCUAGAUCUCCAACGAGACUCUUCACGCUCAAGCUCAAGCCUUUGUCGGAAAAGAGAAAGCUGGGUUGCUGGGCAACAGGCGGCAUGCCCAAAGCGCCAGACUGUGAUGGCUACAUGCGAUCACAGACCGCCGAUAUGCAGGUCUGGCAUGUCAACAUGGUUCGCGCACUUCACUCUGCUUCGAUCGAGAUUGGCGAUAUAGACAUGCAUUAUGACCGGAUCUACCGACUCGUUUCCGUCUGCUGUGUAAACAUGUGGACGACCGAUGUGGCGGCAAGUUGGCCAGGUCGCGCCGUACGGAUUGGAGACAUACGACACAGUCUGAUGUGCGGUCCUGCAAAGGACUUUCGAGACGAUUGGGCGAGAGAAUGUCGCGCUACGUUUCCUACCGCCAUCGAAUCAAACGAAUGUACUCUCGAGCCAGAACCAGAAGAAGACGACGAAGUGCCUCCUCCGCCCGAUCGUCCGACUACACCGCCCGCGACGAUGUCUUGGGAGGUAUUUGGUCAUUCUGGUACUUGUACGUGGCGCAAAAAAUCGGUCGCUGUGCAGAGACAAUAGCAGCAUAGAUACAUCAACAAGUGCACACAAGUGUACAGAAGCUACGUCCGUCUGUGUAUGAUCGCACAGACCUUGCCAGUGGGAUGGAGCGCGCCCGUGAAGUGUCGUGAUUCGUCAAAGCCGGCCGUGAUGACGCCGGCCGGUCUAUUGUACGCAGGUGCAUGAGGGGAUGAAUUCGCAUCAAGCGCUUUGCCUUGCGCAUUGAUUGUGCCCGUGACUUCGAUGUCGAAGAGGAGCAGUAUCAUUGCAGUGAUUGCCUGGAGUUCAGCAGCGGCAAAAUAGCGUCCUUCGCAUUUACUGACGCCGCCUCCGAAGGACAUGCUGAGCUUGGAGUAGUUCGUCUGAACAGUCGAGCGACCCUGCGAAUCGAGAUGCCUGAUGCCUUUCCAAGUCUUUGCAUCCGA